UAUUUAAUUUAUAUUUACAUCAAAUCGAAGUGCAUAAUACUCGAAAUAAUUAUUCAUACAACAUACUAAUAUAACGUGAAAUAAAAAAUAACAUUACACGAGAGAGAAAAAGAACAACAUAAACGUUUCCCAAAAAAAUGGCACCAACAUUCAAAAAUGGCGCAUCAUAAUAUCUUAUUGUUUUUAUAUUCCUAACAACCUCGAACACGGAUUUCAAUAUUGUUUACAAUCGGACAUAAAUGCACUGUUUACAUUUUAUUAUAUUCUAAUUUGUACGUUACUUAUGGAUGACUGUUGUGGAAAAACGUAUAAUAAUGGUUUAGUGGAUUCUUCCAGUUAUAUCAUUUGUCCGACAAAUAAUCUUAUAAAAAAUAACUAUGGCCAAGGAAAAACAGAAUUAUCGAGCAGUCAUCCAUUGGGUGGAAAUAUUAAAACGAAUAAAAUAGAGGAAACAUGUGUUAAAGUGCCACCUGCAACGCCCAUGAUAUCAGCGUUAAAGAAACCCGUUACAAAUUUAAAAAAUCAAGCCAUCAAUGCCAAGAUUGCUACUCCAAUAAAAGUUUCUCUUGAACCUUACUGUUCUGUAAAGUUGGAUUCAAUAAAACAAUUAAAAGACAGUACAAAGAAAUUAUUAUGUUUGUUAGAAGACAUUCAAGUGAAGGCAAACUUGAAAGAUUUUCCUAUAUCCGAUAGAAAUCAAAUCAAGCUUGUUCAAUUACAAGGGGAUGAUACAAAGGAGCCUCUAAAUACUGAAAGUGACCAGGCACUGAAAACAUUGGAAGCGAAAACAAAAGCAUUAAAUAAGAUUUACAUAGAGGAUGAAGAUGACGAUUGUUCAAUAUUUAAAAGGCUGACAAGAAAAUGUAAUUGUUUAAAUCAGCUGGAAUAUAAUGAUUUUAUAAUACAUUUCAAUGAAAAUACCAAAUAUUUCACAAGCACUACAGGAGAAAUUAUAAAGAAUAUGCGCAUUCUGAAGAAAUUUUUGUAUAUGGGAGGCAGAUAUACCAAAAAUGCGCUUAUAUUUUUAAAUGAGGGUCUGGCAGAUUCAGCUUACGCAGAAAAGGUGGAAAUUACUCAAGGAUGUUCUCACUCAGACAUGUGUAAUGUUUUUGAAGACAAUUCCAUAGUAACUACGUGUAUAUCUUGGCCUUGCAAGUUAGAGUACUAUGGGGAUACCGUCACUCAGAAUUUGGCAGCAUCAUUCUUAUACAAACUAGCUCAGUUGGAAGAGGGACGUCGAUACCUGAAAUACACAUCGAAAGUAACGAAUGACAUUAAAAAGAUUUUAAGGAAAAAAGGAGCUAAAUUAGACAUAGAUACUGUCGAAUUAUUAAACGCCGUAUUAAAAGUGAUGCACCCACCAAUGACAAACCAUAUAAAUGGUACAUACCAAUAUAGGCAUCUUGAUGAAGGUUACGGGAGUGCAAAUUUUAAGGCUCUAUUAGAAUUCAGAGCGCAUAUGUCGAUAGACGAAGUUUUCACUCAUUUAGACCUACUAAAUAAUUUGAGUAGCGACGAAACAGGCAAAAUGGAACUGACAAAGAACUUGCCUAGUUUGCUGCAACUUUUUAAAGAAAUGUUGCAGCAGUAUGACAAUAGUGAAAUGAACAUAAUAAUCACGAAUAUUCUAAACAAUAUUGUAUCCAAAAAUAUGUUACAAGAAAAUAAUGAAUCGGACUGGCCGAAAGCUAUGAUUGUGGCAAAUAUAGCUACUGAGCCUGUUAAAAAGAAAAAUGUUCAAAUACAACCAUCAGAACCUCGUGCAAAGAAAAAUAGCAAGAAGACAAAUAAAUCGCGAAUUUUCUUGAAGAAUCAUAAAGCUAUUGCAGGCCCUGCUGAUCUUAACAAAUCAAAAAGGUUGAUUAAAGACAGAAGACCAGUCAUAGUAGUACCAGUUGAAAAAAAAUAAAGAUGGUGUAUUGGUAAAAAAUCUAUAAUACCAGUAACAAUACAUUAUUUUUAUAAACAACAACACCAACCCAAAAUUAUUACAAAAAAAUAAUUUACAUUAAAAUGCUGUAUAUAAAUUUAUACACAAUUUUUUGUAACAAUUUACAUAUUUAUUUUAUUAAAGUUUGAAUACAAAA